AUGGCGAGCGGGGGCGGCGGGCUCGCUCCUCCUUCCCGGAGCCGGCGCGGAGCUACAUGGCAGCCGGGCUCUUCCGCCUCCCGUCACGGCCAGUUGGGCGGGACUAAGGCCGCCGCCGGCUCCGCCUCCCAGGCGCUGGACGGGACGCGGCUCGGGGCACCUGCCGGCCGCCACAGGGACGCCGAGGGGCCCGGAGGAUCGGUCGGCCAGGGCGGCGGCGGCGGCGCGAUGUGGAAGGUGCCGGUGGUGCCGCUGCUGAUCAACCUGGGCGGCUCGGCGCUGGGCUGCUGGGCCACGAUGCGCCUCAUCCCGGCCUUCCGCGAGCACUUCCUGGCGGCGCGGCUGUGCGGGGCAGACCUGAACAAGCCCUCCAGGCAGCCCCUCCCCGAGUCGCAGGGCGUGAUCAGCGGCGCCGUCUUCCUGAUCCUGCUCUUCUGCUUCAUCCCGGUGCCCUUCCUGAGCUGCUUCGGCGGGGAGCGCUGCCAGGCCUUCCCGCACCACGAGCUGGUGGCGCUGGUGGGCGCCCUGCUGGCCAUCUGCUGCAUGAUCUUCCUGGGCUUCGCCGACGACGUGCUCAACCUGCGCUGGCGGCACAAGCUGCUCCUGCCCACCGCCGCCUCCCUGCCCCUGCUGAUGGUCUACUUCACCAACUUCGGGAACACCACCAUCGUGGUGCCCAAGCCCUUCCGGGUGCUGCUGGGCGUCUACCUCGACCUGGGGAUACUCUACUACGUGUACAUGGGCAUGCUGGCCGUCUUCUGCACCAACGCAAUCAACAUUCUGGCUGGGAUUAACGGUCUGGAAGCCGGGCAGUCUCUGGUGAUUGCUGCCUCCAUCAUUGCUUUCAAUAUCGCGGAGCUAACCGGGGAUUGCAAGGAUGACCACGUCUUCUCCCUCUACUUCAUGAUUCCCUUUUUCUUUACCACGCUGGGACUGCUGUACCACAAUUGGUACCCCUCCCGUGUGUUUGUGGGAGACACCUUCUGCUACUUUGCUGGCAUGACCUUUGCCGUGGUAGGCAUCCUUGGGCACUUCAGCAAGACAAUGCUUCUCUUCUUCAUCCCGCAAGUGGCCAACUUCCUUUACUCGCUGCCUCAGCUUUUCCACAUCAUCCCAUGCCCCCGCCAUCGGUUGCCCAGAUUCAACACAGACACAGGGAAGCUAGAGAUGAGCUACUCGAGAUUCAAGUCAAAGAACCUCUCUCCUUGGGGAGCAUAUACCCUCAAGGUAGCUGAGAAGCUGUGCCUGGUGAAUGUGCGUCAGGGAACAGACAAAGAUGGAGAAUUUACAGAAUGCAAUAACAUGACCCUUAUUAACUUUGUGCUGAAGCUGAUAGGACCAACCCCUGAACAAAACUUGACGGUUCUGCUGCUGCUAAUCCAGGUUGCUGGUAGUUUGGUAGCUUUUGGUAUCCGGUACCAGCUUGUGCGGCUGUUUUAUGAUGUCUGAGCUGACCUGCGGUUGAUUGCGCCUCCUCUGUCCCUGUUAUCCAUUCCACCUGAGAAAAGCCCGGAUGCUCUCCUGCCCAGGGCGCUUCUUGGCUCCUGCCAAAAGGUGGGAUGCUGCUGCCUUCGCCGGGAAGAUCAGACCAGCCAAAGGGUCCAAUUGUCGGCCUCUUCUAGAUGCAGCAGCUUGGAAGCAACAUUUUCCCCCCUGGUGAUCUCUGGCUGCCCAUGGGCCUCUUGCAUCCUUGGGAGGGAAUCCAACAGAGUCAACGCCUGUAGCAACGGGUGAAGCAGGGGAUGCUCAGCUUCGUAAAUGGUUUCCUUGCCCUUUACCUCCAGGGGAGGAUCUGAUUUUGGUUUCUUCACUUUGUGCUGAAAAGAACUUCAUGUGUUUGAGAUAUUGCUCUGAAGCCUGUUUAGAACUGCUGUACUACCACCUUUCCCACAAACUUUGCUGGGUAUAAAUUUGUACUGUGCUUUUCUA